GGCAAACAUACAACCUGAUACACGAUACACUACAAACUAAUGGGACAUGUGAAUUGACCAUAGGAAAAUAAAGACGAAAAAGAAAAACGUAUCGAAUCCUGUAGACAACAUGUUAUACAGCAGAGAGCAGAGUGCAUCAAUAUGUGGGGUGGGUCCCGCAUCCAGAAGUUUGUUUACAUUUUCCCAAUUUGGCAAUCAUGUACAAGUCCGUGCUUGUUAUGAACUAAUAACCUCAGCCAUUGACAUGAGAGGUACGAAAAAGAACUGGAGCCUGCUGCCUGCAUUUUUAGUCUUAUUGUGGUGUGAUCUAGUUGCUGUAGCUAGCUUGCUUGUUAGUGAUCUAUUUACUUUUGUUGUUAUCAUAUCCAAUAAAUUCUCUCACCGUUUAUUGCGUUGCGACACUACUGUAUGCACGCGUUUGUCGUACUUGUCCUUUUUGGAUCUGCCGGACUCGAUUGUUUACAUGUUUAUGUUUAUGUUCAUUUUCAUAUUCGGCUGCGGCAAAUUCUCGUCGACGAAUCAGAAUAACUGGAUGCUUUGGUUUGUUUUUGUACGGACUUGACCUCGCUGGGUAAUUGACACCGCCGGCGAUUGUUUAUUUACUUCUCGAAUCGCUCUCGGCAACACAACUUGAGAACUCUCUCGACAACAACUCUCUUA